CCUCAACUUGGAAAGUUCAGUAGCCAGUCAGACGCUUCACCUGCUUGAGGCGCAUGCUUUUGUCAAUGUUGAGCUGCAGGUCCCUUUCCUGUGUGAUGAGGCCUUGUACCCGGCACCUGCCGUAGCUGGCACUGGCUGUGCUGUGCAAGCAGAAUCAGGAUGUUUGCUUCGGCCACUUGCGCGGUCACAAUUCCCAAGCGGAAGCGCAGUAGCAGCUGCGCCAGAAAUCAAUUAGCGCCUGCUCUCAAAUUACAGAAGGACUCUGUCAAAAGACAGAGAAUCUAUCAGAAAGGUUGCGCGGGAGCAGUCAGCAGGAUUGCAAGCAGGUUUGACUUUUUGCCCGCCCAACCCUACGGGCUGGCUGCCGACGAUGCGGCCACAGACGUGGCGAAGUCUAUGCACUGCCUGGAACCUGACCCCACAAAACCUGGGGGGCUGACACCAGAAGAAGAGUUCUUCAAGGAGGUCAACACUGACCUUCCUGAGCUCUCUGAAGAUUGUGGUUCCGACGGGCCUGACUCCGACAACCUCCCCACUGGCGAUGAUGCCUGCCCUGACUCUGAGGCGGAUUCGGGGUCUCCUCAAGCACCAUUGCCGCACUCGUGGGAGUUUGAACUGACGGAGCAAGAAUUUUGGGAGGGGCCGUCGUACAUGGAUGUGGAGUCCAUCACCCAGGAGAUGCAGACUGCUCUGGUCGUUUCAGUUCCCAUGGUGCUAAGCACUAAACUGGACAAUGUAGCAGCACUAGAUUGCUCAAAACUGGAGCUUGACUACAACAUCCCCUUCGAGCUUGCGGCCCCUACGGAUGGUCACAACAGCGAAGACCACCCCACCGACGACGACUUCAUCGCUCAGGUUCUCUUUGCACCCAAGACUGCCAACGAUGAGGUCUUGUUGAGGGAAAUUCUCGCCAUCUGCGACCAAGCGGACAACCUUACAUCAGACGGCACGCAUAUGAUCGGUUGCCGGCCUACGACCAGGAUGUCUUCAUGCGAUUUUGCAAGGGCAAGGCCUUGGGACAUACAAGUCGUUGCUGAGGAGUUGGCAAAAGGAAUCCCCAACGCCGACACCAAGAAGAGCUGGUGCUUUGCCAUUCAUGGGUGGAACCGAAACGACUUGAACAGGGACUUCCUGAAGAGACUCCAGAAGAAGAUAUGGGUAAACACGUCGAAGAACAAGGAGGACCGAGAGCCCAGUCCUCUAAAUGAUUGCAUGGACGUGCAAAAUCAAGGGUUCCGAGCACACCUGUUGCCAAACGAGGAGGUCCCAGUUUACCUUCAGUCGCAAGGGAAUUUCAAGCCCAUGCUUCGAUUCUCAAUGAGGGUAUACACAAGGAAGGAAACAAGCGCCAAUGGGCGUUCGCAGGAUCAGGUAGGGCCAAUUCCGGCACUCAUAAUCCUAGCUCCCUAGCGGCAUGGUAGAAAGAAAAGUUUUUGGCGAUCUUGGUUGGGGUCGAACCCAAGACCUUCCCGUAGGUCCGUGGACCCGGAGAUUUUGAAAAUGUACACCCGUACGGUCGAAAAGUACACAUGUACAGGUCAAGUACAGCCCACAGUAUGUCAGC